UAGCCCGAUGUGAUCUAAGCUGAGAUGUGAAAGUAACAGCAAUUAAAAAAUCACGAUCGGAAAAUCGGUAAAACAUUCGAAUUUUCUUAGGUUUAGUUGAAAGUGGAACCGUGGUGUGCGCGGUCCUCGUCCAGUUUCAGGAGGAUUGUUGCACAGGUUUCCAUGGCAACCAACGCGAUUUGUUUACGAUUUGCUUCUUAAACCCCGCUCUUUGCACCAGCGGUUUGCCUCAGCAGAGAUAUUAACGACGUUUCUCAAGUAUCAAACUGUAACAAAAUCGCCCAAAAAAUUGCAAAAGCGCAAGUUUGUUAAAUCGAACGCCCCGUUCUCUGGGGCUUGGUUGAUGGUAUACCUGAAGACUUGGUAGGUUUUUGGUGUAGACAAGCCUUGUCCAACAUACCAACCUAACGGGACGCACCUUUACCUCACCUCUCGGACUCGGGCGGCCGACCGUAGUCGAACGCAGCCUUAGGUGUCGUUAAGUAAGAAGGAUUCUUAACAGUUUCUUGCAAAAAUCGGUCGAAAAAUGCUGUAGUGUCAACGUUUAAGUACUACCCGUGACAAUUGCCAUAUUUUCUGGAUACUUUUCCAUGUGGAUUUAGCCGACCAAACAGAUUGUUGUUUGACGGAAAAUGUGCAGUUAGUGAAAGUGCUUAAAACUAGCAGGCCACAAUGGACUGGAAUGCUGGAGAUUUGAUCUGGUUCGAUCCAGGAUUGGGACACUCCAUUCCUGGAGAAGUUCUGGAGUGCCAUAAAAGCGCCAAUGUUAUCACUGUACAAGCUGUAGUCAACGGCAAGGCCCAAACAUUCGCCCUUCAAGACGGAGAGGGACAAGUGAGGAGGCGCCAAGAUCUAGGAACCAAAGGUGUGGAGGAUAUGGUUCAAUUGACUGACCUACAUGAGGCUGCUUUACUAUGGAAUUUAAAGCUCAGGUACAACGCAAACCUGAUCUACACAUACGCAGGAAGCAUUUUGGUGGCGGUGAAUCCCUACCGGAUGUUCGACGGAUGUUAUGGAAUCGAAUCGGCUCAAAAAUACCGAGGAAAACUGAUCGGCGACUUGCCGCCUCAUCUCUUUGCCUCGGCGGCUGCCGCCUAUUCGGCUCUUCCAUCCCCCCAAGUGGUGGUAAUCAGUGGAGAAAGUGGAUCGGGAAAGACUGAGUCCACCAAACUGGUAAUGCAGUAUCUAGCGGCUGUUGCGCCUUCAGCCCCCAGGGGCCAAGCGCUAGUCACCGAGCAGAUCCUCGAAGCGACGCCCCUGCUGGAAGCGUUCGGAAAUGCUCGUACUGUUCGCAACGACAACAGUUCCCGCUUUGGGAAAUAUCUGGAAGUGUAUUUUAAGCAGGGAUCGAUUAUAGGGGCGAAAGUCACCCAAUAUCUGCUGGAAAAGUCCCGGAUUGUGACCCAAGCACCUGGAGAAAGGAACUACCACGUAUUCUAUGAGCUUCUAGGCGGACUGAGCAACGCCGACAAGCAGAAAUACGGCCUGGUGGAUGCUGAGAAGUACUUUUACUUGAAUCAAGGUGGCAGCGAUUGUUCCCCGGGCCAUUCCGGGUCUGGAGCCGAUUGGAAGGCGCUGACUAGGGCCAUGCAGGUUUUAGGAGUCAGCGAAAGUGAGCAGGAAGGCAUUGUGAAGGUUCUGGCUUCGGUGCUUCAUCUGGGGAAUGUCUACUUUCAUCGGCGGCAAUUAAGGCACGGCCAAGAAGGCGUUGAAGUAGGUUCCGAUGUGGAAAUCAAGUGGGCAGCGCAUCUCCUGCAGAUUUCAGCCAAUGGGCUGCAGCGAGCGCUGACUUCGCGGAUCACUGAAGCUCGAGCAGAACGCGUUUUCUCUCCGCUCAGCAUCGAUCAAGCGCUCGACGCUCGCGACGCCUUUGCUAAGGCCCUUUACGCCGCCCUUUUCAACUGGUUGGUGUCCCGAGUGAACUCGAUCAUCCAACGUGGGGGGCUGCAGGACGCAGCUAGAAUAAGUCUGCUGGAUAUUUUCGGCUUUGAGAACCUCAGCGAGAACUCGUUUGAGCAGCUCUGCAUCAACUACGCCUCCGAGUCGCUGCAGCUGUACUUCAACAAGCACGUCUUCAAGUUGGAGCAGCAGGAGUAUGCCAAAGAGCGGCUGGAAUGGACGAAUUUGGCUUGGAGCGACAACACUCCAGUGAUCCAGCUGUUGGGCAAGAAGCCAGUGGGCAUCUUCCACCUUCUGGACGAUGAAAGCAACUUCCCCAGGGCUUCAGACACUUCGUUCCUGGAAAAGUGCCACUACAACCAUGCGCUUAACGAGAACUACUGCAGGCCGCGCGUAGGGGGCAGGGAAUUUGCAAUCCGGCAUUUUGCCGGCCAGGUCUGGUACUCGGUGGACGGCUUUUUGGACAAGAACCGCGACAUCCUCAGGCCGGAGGUGAUCGAGCUGCUAACGUCCAGCAAAGAGCCUCUGGUUGGUGCCAUCGCCAAGCCGCUGAGCAGCCAAUCGCAAAGCAGGACCCUGCCCAAGGGAGCCAAUGGCCGUUUUGUUACGAUGAAGCCGCGCACGCCUACAGUCGCUGCCCGAUUCAGCGACAGCUUGCAACAGCUUCUGGAAAACAUGUCCAAAUGCAACCCAUGGUUCGUGCGCUGUCUUAAACCCAACAACGACAAGACGCCCAUGAGGUUCGACAUGCCUGUGGUGAUGGAGCAGUUGAGGAACGCCGGCAUGUUGGACACCAUCAAGAUUCGCCAGUCUGGGUAUCCGAUCCGGAUGAAGUUUCACCAGUUUGUGGAGAGAUACAGGUAUUUGUUAACCAGAAUACCCAGAGGUGCACCCUAUAGGGACCUGUGUAGAGCGAUUUUGGACCAAAUGCCCCACACAGGAACAGAUGGACCGGACUAUCAACUAGGGGCCACCAGGGUGUUUCUGAGGGAGACUCUGGAGCGCCACCUGGAACAGCGACGAGGCGAGUCCCUUAAAGGGGCCGCGACGAUCAUCCAGAAAAACAUCAAAAGCUACCUGGCCCGCACCAAAUAUCGCAGGCUAAAAUCCAGCGCCGUCACCAUCCAAAAGCACUGGAAAGGCUACCAGCAACGAAGAGACUAUGAAAAAGUGAAGAAAGGGAUUGUCAAAGCGCAAGCUCUAUACAGAGGUCGGAGGGAGCGCAAGCUAUACGGCCGACGGAAAGCUGAGUUCAGACGCAGAGUGGAAGCUGAGAAGAUUGCCCAAGAACGCGCCAAGCAGCGAGCAGCUAGGGAGGCUCAGCUGCAAGCGCAAGCCCAGAAAGCCAACGCUUCUGCCAAAGCGGCCGCCAAAAGCUCCGACAGCAAAGCUUCGGUUAAUCACCUGGAAAUUCCUGCAGAGUUGGCCUUCAUUUUCUCCAAAUUGGAUGGCCACACUCCGAUCCAUAGCGAGCGCAACCUGGUGAAAGUCAUGGGCGGCGUGAUCGGAAGCCCUCCUCCCUUGAACCUGCCGCACGACCUCAACCAGUUCGAAUUCUCCAAGUUCUCCUCAGUCUACUUCAAGGACGCCGACCUCCACUACAAGAGAGACCCCAUUACGACCCCUUUCCUCUCCAAGGCCGCUGCCCGCGACCAGGACUUCCAGGACGCCGUCGCUCUGUUCAAGCUGAUCCUCAGAUGGUCCAACGACUUGCAGUUAGCUGGGCCCAGAGAACGCGCCCUAGCGGAUUACAUGGUUUACAAGGGGCUGAACUCCAGGGGAUUAAGGGACGAGCUGCUGGUGCAGCUCUGCAACCAAACCUGGAAGAAUGAGAAUUCGGAUCGGGUGUGGCAGCUUAUGGGGCAUUGCCUUAGCAGCUUCCAACCCAGCCCGCCCCUGAGCAAAUAUUUGCUGAAGUUUAUCACCGACCACGCGCCGCCAGCCCUGCAGGACACUCUGCAAAGGAAAGUGAUGCGCAGCCUGCAGAGGGCGCCGCAUUCUCGCAAUAUGCCCCCCAGCUUGCUGGAAUGGAAAAGUGUCAGGCAACGGGCCAAUUGCGCCCUUCCUCUAUCACUGCCCGAUGGAACCGUGACGAGCGUUAGCUCAGAUUCUUGGAGCACAUGCGAAGAAGCAGCCUUCCUAGCGAUGUCCUCUCAGGGAAUCACUCCAGAGGGCUGGACAGUGGUUAUGGAUGACGCUGGCCUGGUCUACGACGGCAACGGGCUGGACUACGUGUUUGAUUUUGUAUCGGAGCUGGAACUGUGCCCAGCCUUCCCCAUUCAAAAGUCCACCCUGCUGAAGACUGGAAGCCGCAGGAGUUUCGCUGUUGAGGUGGACCACCAUGUGCCGGCGCCAGUCAGACCCCAAGUGCCCCCUCCAGAGCCGCCCAUUAACAUCACGCGGAAAGUCUCCCGGGAGGUGAUCCGACCUUCUCCUCCCGCCCCCGUUAUGCACCCCUCCCGUCAGAGCUCCAGAAAAUCUUCUAGGGAACUGCAAAGCGAGUCCCGCUACAGCCCACAAACCAGCAGUCGAGUCUCGCCAGUGGUCCACCCCACGUCCUCUCCCAUCCGCAAGGCCUCACAUGAGGCCCUAUCCAGAUCUUCCGCUCUAAAUGACCGAUACUUUGACCAAGAGAAAUCGCGCUCCAGAAGCCUGGACAACCUGCUGGGCGAAGCCGAGCCCAACCCACUGCUGGAGUUGGGCCUGUCGCAGACCUCCAAGCUGAACGAGCGCUACCAUUCUGUAGAACAGCUUGCGCCGAUCAAGCCCGUGGUGAUGAACCAUCCAAACUACAUGUCCAAGCAGGAGCUGGACUUUGAAUAUCCAGACAUCGGCAGCAUUGGCACUUCCCAUAGAGGAGGCCCCCGAUACAUCAAGUCGCAGUAUGCAGGCAAAAAGGCGCCUCCAGGCAGCCACUCCAGUCGGGCCUACAUCGAAAAGUCCGAGUUCGGAGUGCGCAGCUCUGCAAUGUCCGAUACGAGUGAGGCUCCCAGUCUGGCCUCUCACGUGAGAAGAGUGCGGGUUCCUUCACAGGCCAGCGAUGUGGAUCAGUUUCUGGACGAGCUGUUCAGUCCGGUGCUGGACGGCAAUCUGGAUGAACUGUCCGAUGCCCGGUCGCUGGCCGCCAGCAUCAAAGGUGGCGGCGACUGGAGCGACUCCCUUGAAGCUGCAAGCGCGCCUCCAGCUGCAGAAGCCCAUGACUACAUUGAGGGCCUUGACGAGUUCUUAGACGCUGCGCUCGGCCAUCCAGCGUUUGGAGAGUUCAGCGCUCUAUCCACUACCUCAGAAGUGGUUCUGAGAAUCAAGGGCGGAGGCCUCAGGGACCGGACAAACAGUCAAGUCAGAGAAGGCAAUUCCGUUCUGGACCAGGAAGUGGAAAACAUCACAACCCCAUCAACGUCCGCCAGCAACACCAACGUCGAUGACUACAUCAGCGACCUGUUUCGGCCCAUCUUCAUCAACGACAGUAUCAAAACCUUAACGGAAAAAGAACACUUGGUUGGGUCGAUCAAAGGGGGCGGAUCCACGCCUGGUGGCGCGUCAUCUUCCAGCUUCAACUACCCGAGCAUUCCGGCCGCCAUGGUCAGCCCUGCCCCUUUAAUGAUGCCCCUACUGAGCCCCACUCAGGACGGGUUCGUUCCGGUCUUCAACGUGCCUCAGGGCCUGAACGGCGUGCCCCAGAACGGCACCGAUCUGGCCUCGUAUCAGCAGAACCUGCAGCGCGCCUUCCUGCAGAGCGCCAUGGCUCAGAACAUUCAGAUUCAGCAGCAGUUGCUCGCUCAGAACCAGGCCCUGCAGCAAUUGCUCACUCAGAACGUCACUACCGGCGAUGUGAACGUCAAGGUAACUGAAACGAUUCAAACCACUGUAAAGGCUCAAGUGCAUCAGCCUUCACAACACGUGAGAAAAUCCAGCUUCAACAGCAGUGCGGUGUUGAGGAAAUCCAGCUCGCCCAGCGUUGGAUCAUCAGACUACAAAUCGCGCAAAACCAGCUCAGACUCCAACCAAAGCCUGCAGAGCCGUGGUAUCCCCGCGCCGCCCCCCAUGCCGCCCCCCAUCGACGAAUGUGACCCCAAUGAGACGCGGCCAUUCAUGGAUCCUUAUGGAAGGGCCAAAACAGUUCGCAUCGGCAAAUGGAGAUGGCCGCCUCCUAAAGGAGACACCAGCAUCGAAAACGGGGAGGACUUCAUGCACUUUAAGAUGCGCCAGAAGGAGCGCAAGGUUACUCCGAACAAAGAGCAGACAAUUUCGGUCACCAAUGGGCACGGGUCUGUACGAACCGAGUCCUCAAUGGAAUGGGACGAGGUCGACUAUGAGCCGUUGAAGGAGAAUGAAAAGCUAACGAGGACCAAUUCGAAGAAGGCGUUUGAAAUCGGCGCCUCCAGGCCAUCUCCAGGAAGCAUCGGGAAAAUCAAGCUCAGCUCGGAGAUGAAGCAACGGCUGGAAAGGGUGACUGCCAACCAUUCAGUGCGGUCGACUAGCAGCAGCACCAAAGUGGACAAACCUUCCCGAUCUGUCAGCAAGCUGGAGGAAACCAGGAAGUUGAUGUUGGAGCAGCAACUUUCCGGCCGCUGGGGCGAAGACUCUGCCAGCGAAAAAUCCACUCCAGACUCCCACCAGCAGAACUCUUGCGAUGGCAGCAAAUCGCCCACCCAGCAGAGUUGGACCAGCAGCAGCUGGAAGCCAGGCCCGCCUCCUCCGCCUAUUGGCCCCAGCUCCUUGCCCCCUGCCCCUUUAGUCCCGGCGCCGCCCCCGCCAGUGGUGCGACCCAGCCAACCUCCACCCCCAGUGGAGCCGGUGAGGAGCAGCUUCAAAAGUCACAGGGACUUCCUGUCCCAGAGGCAGGAGCGGGACGGGCCGCCAUCGUCCUUCAUGGCUCAGCGGCAGGAUCGGGACACUUUCGGGGUGCAUCAGAACAGGGUGCAACAGCAGAACUCGAAGAGGAAUUCGUUUAGUGCCAACUGGGAGGAGCAGAGCAACAUGACGGAGACGCAUAACGAUUCGACUAGUUGGGCCCAAGAAGAUAGCGAUAGGCACGACGGCAGGACCUCUAGGGACAGUUGGGAGUUGGCAGAGUCCACCACCAUCACAUCCACUGAGCCCAGAGACGUCGGACGAAUGUGGGAUCGGGAAGAACGGAAAUUUGAAAAGUCCCGCGGUCCAAUGAAGGAGUCCGGCGAACGGCCCACUUUCAGAACACACCAACUGAAUAAGAGCGCACUGGAGAGGGAGAAAAAGCACUCGGUUGCAUCCACCUCCAUGACCGAUAAAACAGACCGACAAGAAGAAGUGCAAGAAUGGCCCGAGUUCAUGCGACCAAUCAAGACGCCCCCGCCUUCAAAAUCCCCGGUUCAAAGCCAUGCUCCGACCAAUGAAAUCGAAGAACCACGAAUCCCGACCACAGCCAAUCGGGUGCAACCGCUAGGAACCUCCGCUUACGUCACCUACAACAGGGUGUCUUGGUUGCUGCGGGUCCGGAAAGAGUACUUCACACCCUCCGAGCCUCUGGGCCCUCUCAACGCCCUUCACUUGAUCUUCUGCCAAAUAGUCGCUGAUGUCUACGGACUGACCCCAUGCAUCCGACUAACUCCCAGCGAAAAGCGGGCUGGAGUCAACAUGCUGUCCGGUUAUGGAGUGACAGCGGAAAACUUCAACAGCUCCCACAGGGCCAAUAUUAAGCGAAACGCCAUCGAGUUGGCCAGGACUUGGCCCCUGUAUUUUGCGCGACUGUUUCCCGUAUCAGGAGCAGCACAACUUUCAGACGUCGAGCUGGUGGCAGUUUCUCAUUGGGGCGUCCAUCUGGUGCAGCGAGAGCAGAGCCAUCUGCAAGUGCUAAAGUCGUUCUCGUUGAGUGAAAUUUCCUCGUGUACUGCGCCGCGUCCCACCACAGUGAGUCUGGAUGGGCCGCAAGGAAGACUCAGCCUUCACACGCCGAGAGCUCAGCAGCUUUCCGAGAUGGUCACCAAGUUCUGUUCUGAGGCUCGAAAGGAAGCUCAUUCUUCGCAGUGAAGCGAGUGGUUGGAGAGCCGGAUCAUUGGCAGGAGCACAUUCUGGCCCUCAAUCGGGGCGGCGUUCAUUUCCUGGACAUGAACACCCACGAAACGUUGCAACAUUGGCCUUUCGCUGAGGUGAUUAGUACCAGAAAGGUGCGUUCUGAGGACGGCGCUCUUUUCCUGGACAUGAAGUGCGGCAAUCUGCUGCAGCAGAGAGUCACCAGACUGCAAACGGAACAAGCGCACGAAAUUUCCAGACUGGUCAGGCAGUACAUUAAUCUGGAGCAGGAGCACAGCACCAGGAAUAAAUAGAGGACAGGUUUUAAAGCGGAUUCAAUAUAACGAAUUUCCCACCCAUGGUGCAAAUAGUCGAGCUGGAAGCUCAUGUGGGCGCCAAACACAUUUGGUUACCGGGGCAACGCGACUAAAUAUGCGCUGCUAUUGGCCCAAGCAUGCGCCGCUCUAGAAAUUAGGGGGCGCGAAACAGCAAUAAGACUGUUUGCACCAUGUUUGUGAGAAAAUACACGCAUUGGAUCAAGACACGCUCAAUCACUUUUAAAAAAAUAUUUAGUGCAUCUCGGGCAAUUGCUCAACUGUUGUAGUUUUGCUCAUGAUUUUUGCAUAUUAGUUCUCGUUGAAACUGCCCCUAAAAAUUGUAAUUAUUACCGGGUAGUUCUGCUCCUCUAACCGCUGAACCCCCAUAACUGCGGGUUUACAUUUUAUUUUGAUGGAAUUUACACAGAUUUGUUGUAAAUAUUACGUACGCAUAUGUUUUAGUCGUUAUUGUUUAUAAGUUGAAACGUAUAUAUGGUGAUGUACCAAAUUUCCAUUAGUAGGUAUGUUUUGCCGCCUUUUGAGAAUGGAUGCGAAAACUCGUAUCGUCGAAUCAAAGGCAUUGACAAUUAUCUACUCUGUACCAAAUUUUAGGGAAAGUGUAGCCUAUUAAAGCUUAACCACAAUUUUAAUUCGUUAUUUACUAUGUAACUAGGCUUUAUACCAGUUUAGUCAUUAUACAUUACUUCUAUAGUGAACAGUCAAUUUCGUCCAAUUUCCGAAAAGGAAAACAGAUUUGUAAACGGAUGCAAACUAACAUACGCGUUAAAUGUAAUAAAGCAUUUGUAUGUUUAA